GCUUAGUCAACCCCACAGGCUUUAAAAACAACAGGGGUUUACUGCCCAUGUUUAUGUGGGUCACAGGACAGAGAGUGGACAGAGAUAGACAGAGUCCAGCCAUAGAAGAGGGACCAUGCGCUCUCUUUGGUCUCUGUGGCUCUUCAUGGCCCUGCCGGGGCUGCUGUGGGCCUCACAUGUCACUCUGAUGGUGGAGGGGGACAAUGACGCCUCCAGGAUCUGCAAACCCGCCCCCAACUGGACAAUUAAGGGGAGCUCACCCAUGCAAGGGCUGCUGGGAAAUGUGGUUGUAGUGGCGCUACUGAAGGCCAGCUGACAGUUCUGUCUCACACAGGCCUCCAAGAUCGGAGGCCUGCGUGACAAGCUGAACCGCAGCAACAUAACAGACGUGUCUUUCAUGAUAGUAAAUGAGCGGGAGCCUCAUUCCAGAGCGAUGUACUGGGAGCUGAAGAGAAGAGCGCCCCCUGGGGUUCCUGUUUACCAGCAGACUCCUUUUCAGGAAGACGUGUGGGAGGCUCUGGAUGGGGACAAAGAUGACUUCUUGGUCUAUGAUAGGUGUGGCCUGCUCACCUUCCACAUAGUGUUGCCUUACAGUUACCUGCAUUACAUCUACGUCGAGGCUGCAAUCAGAGCCACUUAUCAUAAAAACAUCUGCAACUGCACUGCUGAUUCUACUUCACCAAGUGACAACUAUACAAUUACAGUUCAGCCAGAUGAUGAGGUGGAAGAAACGGCUCCCGUGGUGACUCAUCACCACAGCCAUCAUCCUCACGAUCAUAAUCCUCACCAUCACCCUCUUCAUCCCCACAACCACACCGAUCAGCCCCAACGGCACCAUCGGCACGAAAUAAUUCACAAUAAAACUCUUCAUUCCAGUCGUCCUCAUCAGCACCAGCAUCCUCAGCAUCAUCCCCACCAUCAUCAUCAGCAUCAUCAGCAGCAGCAUGGCAACCACAGUGAUUACGAUAAAUAGGAAAUAGGAUGCCAGUGAAAUAACUAGUGUUUUUACUUGCUUUUUUUCUCUUUAGAACAGGUCUAUAUUUGGUGUUUUACUUUCAGUGAAGUGUUUUACUUUGACAGCAGCAGUUCACUGAGCAGCUGAGUCGGUUUAAGUGGUAAUCAGAUUGAGGUUUCUCUGCGAGCAUCUUCACAUCUCACUCAUCUGAUUGGAUAAUGUAGCCAUGCUCCUCUGUCUCCUCCCAUUAAUGAAGUCUGCAGUGUAAAACCUGCCUGCAGGAGGCUGUAGAUGGAUGUGUGUGGAGAGACUGGAUGGAGUGAUGGUUAUGUUACCCACACAGAGUCAGAGGAUGUUGUACACUGCUGCUGAGACAACCUCAGUCUGAUUACCGUCCAAACCUUUCCCCACCAGUUCAGUUUCUGCGUGUGUCGGUCCUGUCUCGUACAGGAUCUGGGAGUGUUAUGCUGUGCUAUUACAUCACUUUGUAUAUAUAACAAGCACUGUGCUUUAUUCAUUUGAAAGUGUGCAAGCAUUUGGGGAAUAGUCUAAUAAAGAGUAGUACAUGACAUCCAUUUAAAUUACACCAGCAAAAGUGAUAUAUUUCACCUAUACUGCACUUGAUUAACAUACUGGUCAUUGAUCCGUUUUGCAUAUUUGCUGUGGAUUUAUUACUUUACUUCUAAUUAAUUACAUGAAUGUAGAGUGAGCCUUUAGGUUGCUGUUCUGCAAUAAAAGAAAUAUUUAUACACUG